AUGCAAAGUCCGCAAAAGAGCGUCCUUCCCGAUAUUUCGUUUGGCCACAUGAGUAGCACAGAAAAUACAGCGGAAACGCGCGACGCGCGCCCCAAAGCCAAACGCAAUAGACUGCCGCUCUCGUGCACCAUCUGUCGCAAGCGCAAAGUCAAGGUAAGUAUAGGUUGUCGUUCUGCUAACCCCCAGUGCGACCGAGGACGUCCACACUGCAAGGUGUGCGAGAAGUACAAAGUGGCGUAUCUGUGCUCAUACCAGGACUCCUCCUGGACGGCUGAGAAGAACGACAGGUCGUCGUAUCCCCAGAUGGCCGCGACGCCCGACUCUCCGAUGUACAGCAACAAAGGUUCCAUCGAUCAGUCCACAAGCGUUGUGUCGCCGUUCAACCACCUUCCGUCGCAGUUUGACACGCGCGAGCCCAAAAGACAGCAUCUGUCGCCUGACAGAGCGUACAUUGAGAGCCACCACCGCUUUAACAGCUUUGUGUCCACGUCGCCGUACGUCGUGCCAUCUGUCAACCACAACGGCUCGAACGAGCGUACCACCUCCCAGCCCCCGCAGGGACUGGCCCAGGACGCCGAUAAGCCUGUGAUAAACGAGCUCCAGCUGCUCAAGGAGAAGAUCAGACAGAUCGAGGCGUCGAUCGCCGUGGCAGACCUGUCUCAGCCGAGAAUACACAAUCCUCCGCAUCUGCCACCCCUGACGCCACAGGUGCCGUCCCAGACACCGACGCCAAUUGCCGCGCCCGUGCCGUACAGAACCCAGCUGCCGCCGAUUCAGUCUUGGAAUAGCAACAAGACGUACAAUCUGCCCCCGCUCAAGUCCUCGCCUCACGUGCCGCAGCAGGAAGGCAACGUGGCGAACUCGGUGGUGCCGCCGGACUCGGGCAUGGACCCGGCGGACGCCUUCAACUUCUACGACCACUAUGUGCCCGUUCACCUUCUGCACGCGCGGACCAGCAAUCACGGGCCGCUAAUGUGGGUGACCAUGGUCAAAAAAGACCAAUUUCUGCGUCCCCUGUGGUUCAAGAUCGCCGAAUAUAGGAAGAAAAAUAAGCUGCCGGCGGUUCUGCAGGCUCAGCUGUCCGGUAACGUGGGACCCGAGGAAAAGGAGUUCAGACAGAAAAUCUACGAGACCGAAGGAGUGGUAGAUGUGCUACCGUACAAGUCUGACAAGAAAGAGAAAUUUGCGUUCCUCACUGUGGAGCAGAUGCGAGACUAUAUUCGCAAAGACGUGGCUCUGAACCUGUACACAAACAUGGACCCCGACGCUCGCACGAUAUCGCAGAUUUUGAAGUCGCUUCCGAACAGAAAGGUGCUGUGGCUUUUAGUGGACAGGUUUUUCAGGUUUGUGUAUCCUUUCAUCCCGAUCUUGGACGAAAAGACGUUUGUUGCCGACACCGAGGCAAUUAUCGGGCCUCGGGAGUACGAAGAGACAGAAAUCAAGACGCUGAAGAUCUGCCGCAGACUGAAUUUUGCUACUAUAGGCUCGCUUCUUAUCAUCUUGCGCAUGGCCCACCUGUCUCUCCACUCGAACUACGAGGAAAUAAACGAAAUGCCAGAACGAUCCGAGGAGGAAAAGUACUUGCUGCAGCACCCGAUCGAUAUAGAAGUCAUUUCCGUGGCUCAGCUAUGUCUGAAUCACUUCAAGCUGCUAAAACGGUUGGCUCUUAGCGCUUUCCAGUGCGCGCUUCUGAUGAAAGAGUACCGGUUUAUUGCUCCCGAGGACGGAAGCGAUGGGUUUGGAGACGGCGAGGGCCAAAUAUUCUCUGGCAUGCUGACACAGAUGGCAAUCUCCAUCGGCCUGAACAGAGACCCGGACCACUUUUCCAUGGUGCACGAUUCCAAGAACCUCAACAAUCUCUGGAGGAAAAUAUGGUUCAGACUGAGGGACUCGGAUGUGCACCAAGCGUCUCAGAUGGGAAACCCGCUCAUGAUACGUGCUGACCAGUUCGACACCAAGAUGCCAGUUUUUGACUCGGAGCUGUCGAACACCUCAGACCUGGCCCUGGAAGAGGUGGUGAUCGAGUGUCUGAACGAGCGUAGCGAUCUACACGACCUGAUUUCCGAUCUCACGAGCAGCGUCCUUGACAUCACUCAGAAAUCGACUGUGGAGGCCCUCCUGCUCAAGAUAGAGGCCAUCGAAAGCUUCAUCAAACGCCGUUUUGGCUCCGUCAAAGACAUCCUGACUCUCGACAAGGGGAGCCACCUGGAAAACAUCAAGAGAGUGUAUCGGAUCAUCGGCUAUUUGGAGGCCCGCUCGUUGGUGCAUCCCGUGCUGUACCAUAUCUUCCUGUUUUACAGCUGCAAACCGAAUUUGCGGGCUUGCUCGUACCUGAUGAAAGUCAUCCUGCAGAAAGUGGUUGAAGUCAACUCGCUCUUCAUGCAGCUUCUCAAACGCAACUACUUGUUUUUCGGACUGGGCUUCGAUCUCAUACUAACUCCUAUCUUAGAGUCUUCGAUGCACAAAGCACUACAGUUUCAGUUCUCACUUUUCAUUCGCGCGCGCCACCACAAGCAGCAGCUUCUCGCACAGUCCCCCCAGCCCGACCGGAAGCUGAUUGGCCUCAUCACUAAGUUCACAGACGACACCAUACUGCCAAACAUCAGAAUAUAUCUGCGUGGCCUAACUCUGAUCUCGAAAAAAUACUUUUACGCCUGGAGAAUGAGCAAAGCACAAAACAUUAUUCUCAAGCUGAUGGAAGACCCAGAUACCUUUUUCACCGAGAAAGAGCUUUUCAACAAUGCACCAGAUAUCUUUGAGGGGUACACAGCGGCAGACUUUGAGCUGCUGGCGGAGCUAGGGAACAUGAAGCGCUAUGUCGUGCAUCCUGCUACCAGCGAUUGUUCUUUGAGUCAGGACGUUCCAGACAACGUCGCCAGCAGUGGGUCUGAGUUCCUUGACCCCACUCCAGACAAUCAGGAAGUCGACAACUUUUGGCUGGAGCUCAUUUUCCGGUUCAACUCCAUUAUGGCCUCGAAAAACGUCCCUCCACCCGAGUCCAUGCCUGAAAGCGUAUGGACGGGCUCGUUCGAGGGCCAGACGCCUGGCGGCUCCCUCGAAGAUACGUCAAUAUGGGGAGGCUUGCCGCAAGCUGAAUGCGCUAUCGAGAUCGACCAGCUUUUCAAUGACGCUCCCAUGUUUGACGAUGUGAAUUUUCUCAACUCCGAUUUGCUCCAGGAAAAAUAG